GGUAUUUAACAGCUCCAGAGUUUAAUAAAAGACAUUUGUAGAAGGAAAUCAAGAGACUGCACAGACUUCAAUAAUGGCAACUAAUCAGCUCUUAAACAUAAAGCAGAAGUUCACGGAGGAAUUCUUAAAAUGUGAAGUCUGUUUUGAUGAAAAUAUAAGCACACGGAGGCUACCAUGUAAGCAUAAUUUUUGUCUUUCUUGCCUAGGAAAAAUUGCAGAUGGAAAGGACAAAUUCUCAUGUCCCAAGUGUAGAGCCACUGUUAUUGUGCCAGAAGGAGGUGUUGAUCAAUUUCCAGAAGAUGUGCCCACCAGAAAAAUGUUGGACUUUGCCAAGAGUCUGCAUGUGGCUGGAGAUAAAUCUUUCUUUUGUGAACAUCACCCAAACAAACCCCUUGACCUAUAUUGCAAAAGAGACAACACAUUGAUAUGUGGUACCUGUGUGGUAAAACAACACAAAGGUCAUGAUGCUGAGACCAUUGAAGAUGCUGCUCUGGAGAAAAGGAAAUAUUUUCAAAAAAUGGCUUAUUUACAAGAUGAAGCACUGCAUGAUAUUCAAAAUGAAAUCUCUGGAUUGCAAAAAACCAGGAAAUACAUGGAGACUGGGGCUAACCGUGUUGUAACAAAUGUUAUCAAAAUGGCAGAAAACAUUAAGAUGUCUGUUGAGAGAAGAUGUGAUAUGUUGUGCGAUAAAAUACAAAAGAUACAAUCUGUAGAAUUAUAUAAACUAGAACAAGAACAAAAAAAUCUAAGAGAACGAGAAGAUGAAGUGAAAACCACAAAGCAAAGGUAUCUCAGCUUGUUGAAAAAACCAACAGCUGUUGAAAUGAUGUUCUCUGCAAAUUCAGUUGAACACCUAAAAACAAGUUUCAGAGAUGUUCCCACCUGUCAUGAAGAUGUCAGAAUGGCAAGAAUAAAAUGGAGUAAGAUGGACAUAGAUUCACAAGUAAAGGAGAUGUUCGGGCAACUGGUAAUAGAAAAGAAAGAUUUACAGUUUCUAUGAACAACACAUUAUCAUAGUGGUUUUUGGACAGACAACCACUCUGGAAAUUCUGAUAGGCAAUGGAAUGAGGAUAAGAGAAGUGUUGUAGAUCUCACUACUUUAACUGUAGUGGAAGAGUGUCUAGGGGUAAGGUUAAAUGUUAAACAAAAUCCACACUGAUAUUCCAACUUCUAUCUGAAAGUGCACAUGCCUGUAUUGCAGUGAACUGCAACUAUGUUAAAGGUUAUUCAGUAAACAAAAAGGUUAUGUAUGAGCAGCAAAAAGAUGCUAAAGAAUUAAAAUUUAAAUUCAAUGAAUGAUAGCAUGGAUUUCCGUUUUAGUAGAGAAAUAACAAAGACACUGCAAGCCAGCAUUUAUUUUUGUUUUAACAAAUUUACUGAUUAAAAUCAUUUGCAAGAAAUGUAAUUAUAAAACUGUAUGUACACUGAUACUACAAACUGAUGUUAGAAAAGGGUACCUGUCAUUUAUUUACCCAGACACUGCUGCCAGAAAGCCAUAAGUAGGCUCAUAAGUUUAUAAAACAACCUGAACAUAUUUUGUGUAAUUGCCUCAACUGUAUGAUUACAAAAGGACUUCAUAAAAGUAUGGGGAGAUCUUGUAAACCAGCCAAAUAAUAAAUAUAAGGGUUAAUAAAUGGUUAGAAAA